GCUCUGUUUUGGGGAAAUUCAAGAGUGAAGGAAAUGUCGGGUAGUUUCGGCGUCAAUGGUGGCGGUAUGGAUGAUGUGUAUCGGCCACUCCCUUCCGUCUACCUGGGUUUCUUAUCAAUCUGGUUCCUUUCGGCAUUCUCUUGGACAUUUAAUACUUGGAACAACCGCCAUUAUCAGUCUAAUAACCAUCUGCAGUGGACGCUCGCCUCUGUUCCAUUGAUUAAAGUUCUGCAGCUUACACUUUCCUUUCUCUUUUGGUAUUCCUGCUAUAAUUUUCAGACUUGCUCCCUGUGGAUGUCAUUUGGGGUGUACGUAACAGGAGCACUCUUUCAGACGGUUUCUUUUGUGUCCUUUUUGCUCAUUUCUCAUGGUUACUGUAUCAUGUGUGAGCGUCUUUCAGUACCUGAGCGCCGUACUACUGCUGCACUUGGGUGUGUUUGCUAUUUGACUCUAGUUGGUUACAGAGCUUCUGUACCUUACUUCACAGUCCUUUUGAUACUUAAUUACUUCAUAUCUUUCUAUGUUAUCUUCCACCACAUAUCUCAGAAUCUCCUGGUUUUGCGCGAACAAUUAAGCUCUAUAGAGGAUGAAGACAUACAUACAAUGCAUAAUGCUGUAUAUACAAAAUACACUAUGUUCAAGAAAUUUCAAAGUGCAAUGCAGAUAGUAGCCAUGGCAGAAACCGUGAUAUACAUAAAUAUGGAUGAUACCUCAGAUAAUUACUGGCUCCGUGUUUUAGUUCGGGAGUGGUCACAGCUCUGCAUCUUCUUGUAUAUUGGGUGGACUUUCAGGUCACAAGAAUUCUCAUCCAAUUUCUCAGUUGUGCCCAAUCUAAAGUUUAAGGGGGAGAACAUGAUGCCUCCCAUCUACAGCAUAGAAAUGGAUGCUGCAGCUUUCAGAAAUUUCAGCUCUCAUGAAUGGCACAUAGGGGUGCAAACUUCCUCUCCUCCAAAUGCAGAAAGGUCUGCAGAUUCGUUUCUAGUCAUAGUUCAGCAUCCUCAUGCUCAUAAAGCAACCACUGGAAGCAAAAUAAACCACACCUAGCUGCUACUGUGCCACAACUACAAUCACGGCACCAAAGAUUUGGAUCAGGGUUCGUUUUCAUGAAAUAGCAAUAUGGUAAAACAAUUAAGGACCUGAAUUGAUUGAUACCUUUUGCUUCUACGACUACUAUCGGUGUCGAGUAGGGGCUUUGACUGCAAAUAUCUCAUGAAGGCAGAAGGACAAGUCUAAAACUUCUUUAUCCUUUAUACAAGUUAUUUUCUGUUGCAGCCACCUGAAAGCAAGGUCUGCACACUUGAGAGUCUUUAACUUUACCCUUUUGUGCUAGAAUAUUGAGCUCAUUCACUCCCUCCCACCAGUUAAAAUGUAUAUUAUUGUAUCAUCUUUCUGAUUAUGGGAGCAUAAAGUUAUUUGAAAUUGCAAUUUAUGAA